AUGCUAAUGAGGGGCGUGGAUACUACACAGCGAGUGGGCGUGGCCACGAGUGGGCGUGUCCCGGUGGGCGUGGCCGCGCGCGGACACAAAGGAGCCCCCGCGGCGGCGGAAGCGGCGCCGGUGGCGGCGCCGGAGGAGGGCCCGGGGCGGGGCCGCGGGAAGGUGACGGUGCGCUACGAUCGCCGCGAGCUCCGCAAGCGGCUGCACCUGGAGGAGUGGAUCCUGGCACAGCUGACGGCGCUCUACGACUGCCGGGAGGAGGAAAUUCCGGAGCUGGAGAUCGACGUGGACGAGCUGCUGGACAUGGAGAGCGACGGCGCCCGCAGCGCCCGCGUCCAGGAAAUCCUCGUGGACUGUUACAAACCCACCGAGGCGUUCGUGGGGGAUCUCCUGGAGAAGAUUCGGGGGAUGCAAAAACUCAACACCCCCCAAAAAAAAUGACCCCAAAACU